GACGGUGCGACGUUGACGUUGACCGCUCUUCCCUAAGCUUCCAUGUCUUUCUCGCUCUAGUGUAUCUCUCUUCGUCUCUCUUUAUUUUGCUAUGCAUCGUAACACGCCUUUGGUGACGUUGGAGCUGCCUUUGCGCAAUAAUCCUCUUUCCCCCGUUUCGGAUGGCGAAGAUGACCGACCGGCGAAGCGUUUCUACCACUACAUACCGUUGUAUCUUGCCGUAUUCUUCAUUCUGUCUCCCCAUCCCUCCGUCCUGGUCGUCCUGGUGAAUUAUCACCUGAAGACGCUGAAUUCCCCGCUGCGAUUCACAGUGCAUUUGCUAUGCAUCUACCUGCUCACCUUCCUUGCUUUCUCUUCCCUCAUUGUCUGUAUCGCUCGAGAUCCUGGUUCUGUCAACACUGAAGAGCAAGCCACUGGUUCUGAGAACGAAGACGGGGAGAUGUCCUUGACCGAGGCUCUUAUAGGCGGCCAUGACGAUUCAUUCAGCCCAGAGCGAUGGUGUCGCAGGUGUCAAUCGCCAAAACCGGAACGUGCACACCACUGUUCGCAGUGUGGGCGAUGUGUCUUGAAAAUGGACCAUCAUUGCGCCUGGGUGGCGAACAAGUGUAUCGGCCACCGGACGUACCCGGCCUUCGUUCAUUUCCUCACUUCGGUCACCCUGCUAGCAGCGUACAUCACACUGAUGUCAGGAUCAGCUCUCUGGUUUGCGUUUACACAUCCGUUAGACGUGGACGAGAAGACGCCUAUUCAUGAACUGUUUAUAUUCGCGGAGGGAUUUGUGUUUUCACUGGUGAUAGGUUCUUUCCUCAUCUACCAUAUAUACCUUGUAUCGACCAAUCAAACUACACUUGAGCACCUAUCUCCCUUCCUACUGUUACGAUAUCUUCCUCCCUUCCCUCCCUCCGAAGACAGUCAUAAGCUAUCGAAUCCUCCGGAAGAGCAUGAACUCUCGUUCCGGCAAAGGAGUCUUAUCAGAGCUGCUCAUGGGCAUAUACGUUUGUACGAUGUAGGCUGGCGCAAGAACUGGGCGCAAGUGUUUGGCUGGAACAAGAGAUGGGGUUGGGUGUAUCGGUUAGUAUUCGGCGGCGGAUGUCGAGGCGAUGGAAGGCAUUUCCCCCGAAAUCCCCGGACGGACGAGAUGCUAGCUCGGCUCGCGUCCGAGUUAGUCAAAGUGGAUAAAGACAAUUGAAUCUAUACUGGUGUUGUGUAUACGGUAGAGACGAUAUACCCACGGAAACCCCGUUGUGCUGUUUUUCACUGGAGUAUCAUAUGUAGCAUUAUUGAUACACUUCGAUUUCGU